CAUCUUAGAAAGAGCAAAACCAAAACAAAACACCGUGGUGAAUGCUUUAUUGCUGAAGGCGUUUUCUUAAAGACUGAUGCGCAGUCAAAGGUGGGAGCCAUCAGUAUCCUGUUACCAAGAAGCUGCGCUGCAGCGGUUUAGGCGAAAAUGAAAGAGAAAGCGGCUCAUCCAGACGCGUUGCUUUCACGGACUUCACUCUGCGGAGCUUCCAGCCACCUACAGCCCAUCCUAGCCAGCACCUCUCAAUUACGCAGAGAAACGCGAACAGGACUGCGCCUUUUUCACUCUGCGCGGCAGCAAAACAGCCUUCUCGAUCCACUGAGGCGGAAUCACGAUGAGUCAAUAUAACUACAGCCAUAAGGAUUGCUCUCACUCGGCUGUUACGCACCAGCCAUACCACGGUUUGUACAAUCAAGGAUCAACAUGUUACCUGAACAGUGUGCUGCAGGUGCUGUUUAUGACCAAAGACUUCAGAGAUGCUGUGGAGAGGUACGACUGUGACGCCAAGUGUCUGGAUUUCCAUCUUAAGGAGCUGUUUAAUGAGUUGAAAGGCUCUACGGUCAGCACAUACAAACUCACCGUUGAGUUGGGGAUUAGUCGAGAUUUUGUCCAGAGUGAUGCUGCGGAGUGCUUUGAAAACAUUCUGAGCAGAGUGACCAAUCCUGCUGCAUCACAGCUUUUCCAGGGAACGCUGACAACCAAAAACAGAUGCUCCACGUGUAACAAGGAGACCAGUGCUGAAAAUCCAUUUUGGAGUUUACCUCUUGAAAUGGAGGAUUGUUUUCAGGAAUAUCUUGUGAGGGACGGUAUUGAAAACUACUUCAAGGAGUCUCAUCUCAAUGAAUCCAACCAGUUGUACUGUGAACACUGUUCCACCAAAUCUGAUACCACUAUUAAAGUAGAAAUGAAGCAUCAUCCUGAAGUUUUGACUCUACUGUUGAAGAGAUUCAAGUUUGACUAUCUCACCAUGAAACAUGUGAAGGUCACACGCCAUGUGAAGAUCCCAGAGCUCUUACAGAUACCUCCUUAUGGAAAUACGAGUCCGAUUUAUCAGCUCUAUGCAUAUGUGGAGCAUUCUGGUGAGCUGAGAAGUGGACAUUACGUUGUUACAAUAAGAGCUCAGGAUGACGACAGAUGGUAUUUCUUCAAUGACCACAUAGUGUCUUUGCUACAGGGAUAUCGGCAGCCAUUUACAAGAUACAAAGAUGAAACGUAAGUGUAUAUCUAUCAUUGUGGUGUUCUGUAUAUUUUCAAGCAGUCAUUUAACUCUAUUUCUACAUCACUCACCCUAGAAACCCAAGAGCCUACUUGUUGU